CGAAGAUUGGGUUAAGGACCACACACAGCUGUAUAUGCUGGACCUGAGCUACAACGAAAUAUCUCACAUAUCAGCUGAAGAUCUACAAUUUGUAUCGGACAACAUUACAGUAUAUCUCCAACAUAAUAAAAUACAGCAUAUUUAUAUGACUCGGGCAGAAGAAAUAGCGAAAUAUCAAAAUAAAACACGUGCCGUAAACAUAUUCGUCGGCAGCAAUCCUAUAAUAUGCGACUGCAAUCUAUACGAUUUUGUCCGCUACUUGGAGGGAAAAAUGCAUCCUUACGUUCGAAAUUACUUCAUUAUAAACCCAGGACAUGAUUCAAUUUGUCAUGGACCGGAACAGAUGUAUAAUGUGUCUGUGCAUACUUUAAAAUCAAAAUCUUCCAAAUACCUAAACUCGAAAUCACAUGUAAAACAGUGCAUUUGUAGAGAAAAUGAAAGGUACAGAAUAUUUGUGGUUGAUUGUGCCUCUAAAUAUUUAGUGGAUGCUGAAAUUCCCUGGGAGUCUGCAUUAUCACAUAAAAAUAUAUUAAUACCAGAGCUGGUACGUAACAUUAUAUUGUUAUGUUAUAAUAAUAUGUAAUAUACGAAUAUAAUAUGUUACGCUGGUACGUA